AUGCUUGCUCGUAAUACAUUUAGAAUUAUUAGACAACAACAACCAGUCAGAUUCUUUUCAGUUUCAAGAGUUUUUUUAAAUAAAACUACUGCUACAAAUACCGAAGCUACUAAAACUGUUAAAACUGCUCAAGAUUUAGCUGAAGUUAGUCUUGAACCAGGUUCAUUAAUUGGUCCAGGUGCCAAAGAAGGUACUAUUCCAACUGAUUUUGAUCAAGCUACUGGUUUACAAAGAUUUGAAUUAUUAGGUAAAGCUGAAGGUGUUGAUGUUUUCGAUAUAGAAAAUCCAAUUACUGAAGGUAAAGGUACUAUGCAAGAUCCAUUUUUAGUUCCAACUUAUAUGGGUUACAGAUAUGUUGGUUGUAAAGGUACUGAAGAUCAUGAUCAUAAACCAUAUUGGAUGAAAGUUGAAGAUGGUAAAGUAUCAAGAUGUUGGCAUUGUGGUACUGUCUUAAAAGCUAAAUACUUGGGUGAACCAGGUAUGGCUCAUUAA